UGCCAGUGAUCUCCCUUCGGUUUGGGCUCAAAGUACCACUGCAACGGUGGCUGGUUUCAUCCUGCCAAAGUGUCACAUGACUUGAGAGUUCAGGAUCCUGGAAAGACUUCGCAGGGAUUCACCAUGAGCACCUGCAUUCAGAUCAUAGAGGGCAUGGUGCCAGGGAUCAACCGACUGGCACUGAAAGGCCACAUGGAACAGUUCGGUCAGGUUGACUUGGUGCACAUGGGCGACCGGCAAAAUCCGGAAGAGGAGCCGCCCAAGGUUCGCUUUUCAACCCCUGAAGCUGCUCAGAGGGCCCUGGAUGCCAUCAAUGCAGGGCAAGUUGUGAUAGAUGGCAUGCUGCUGAAGGCGCAGUUCAUGCAGGGCAAGGGCAGAGGUCGAGGGGCCCCUCCCUCUGCAACUGAGAGGAAUCUCGAAGUCACGAGCCGUGAUCUGUUUCUGGAGCGCGAGCGCGCCAGAGCACAGCAACGGGAUCGAGAACGAGGAAAAGAAAGAAGCAGAAGCCGCGAUAGAAGCCGACGCAGAAGGAAGCGGACCAGCAGCAGCCGAUCGCGGCGCCGUCGGAAGAGUGGCAGCCGAUCGCGAGGGCGGAAGAGGUGAGUCCUAGACCCAGUGCCUGCUCGGCAAACCAGAUUAGCCAAUAUCGGAGCGAUCUGAGCAGCUUAACCAACUCCAGUCCUCGAUACUAUACCACUUGGAAACACAGAUUGAAACUAGAGUCCAAAGCAAAUUCUUGGAACCAUC